AUGAUGUCGCUUUACGAUCUCGAGGACUACAUUUAUGAUAAACCUGGCCGAACGACGUGGAAACCCAGUGGAAAAUGUCUUCGUUAUCCAGGCAGGAAAACCUUCGAUCAAGUUACGAUCGUUAAGACAAUCCACGAUCCAGAAAGCACAUUGAGCAAGAGAAAACUCAGACGCGUACUUGCGGAUCGUUCGGAUGGUUUCUGUCCACAAGUCCCAUAUUCAAUGAAUAAGAGGAAAAGAUGGAAUAUAAGUCCCGCAUCAUUGCUUGCCAACCAAUCUGCCGAUCUGCCUGAGCUUUGCAUUCUGAAUAGAAGAACGACUUUUUUACAUCUAGUCGGUCGCGACCUCUUCAGUUCUAUCACACAAUUCCGGGUUUUUGAAAACGAUGCUAUCACAACGCUUUCUGCGGCUGGGAAGCAACAAACAAUUCCUUUACUGGCUCCAGGGUAUUGCACUGUACAUUGGUUCGGCUCAGAACGUGCAUCAGUUGCGAGCAAAUCACCCGCUAAUCCAAUGUUUGUUUUCUUUUUCGAGGUGAAGAAGGAUGAAGACAUUCUCAGAAUUCGAGUCAACACAACAGGUCAAUUCACCGCUUUGAAGAGCAAAGCUUCACUUAUCAUGUUGCUGGAAACGCGAAAAAAUUUUCCUUCGCUCUUCAACGAUCUUUUGGAGUUCGUAUAUAAACUAGAGAAGCCAUUUCCUCCAGAAAGUUCCCAGAGAUUCAAAACUUACAAGGACAAUUUCAUGCUCAAAGUCAACAGCGCUAAUUUUGCUUCCGUGGCUACUCGAGCUGACGUCUUUGAGCAGUCAGAGUUUCUGCGGCCAUACUAUAAAAACUAUGGCCUGGAGAGUGGAUUAAAGCCAAAGGCAAGAUUGAACUUCAUACUAACACGAGAUGGUAUGAUCUGCAGGGAAUGCGUUGCUUUCACUAUAAUACAUGAAAUGCGCCUCAAUCGUCUUCCGUUUAACAUUCCAUUUGUUGCUGAUUACAAAAGUUCACCUCUUGAUCUCCUUUAUGCCGUUUUACCUUUGCCUGUGAUGUCCCUGCUUGUGAAGACGUCCUACGAAUACUUCCAAGCGUUGGAAGACGACAACGUGUAUAUGACAGAGUGUCCCAAAUGUUGCACGCCUCUCACCACAAAUGUUACGAACGUAGCUGUAUCUGCCCAAACUGUGACUGCUGCUUUUGCUAUCGAUGCAAAUGGGAACCACAUUGGCCACUCAGUUGUGAUGAUUUCCAUGAAUGGAGCGAGAAAUGGGACCAACAAUGUAAAUUUCAUUCCUUUUCCUCCGGUAAAAUUCUGUCGAAAAUCGUCAUUUUAUCAGGUUCCUGAAUUUGGCCCACAUUUCACAUUCUGCAGGCAGAAAUAUGUCCAAUCAUGGAACGGUGCAACUCGACAAUGCAACGGCUGUUAUGAUCAAAAUGGUCUGAUCCGGCCUGCAGAUUUUGGAGCAUGGCCCUAUACUCCUAGAUUUCGUAAGGAAUAUCAUCCAAAUUUUGAGAAAUAUGGAAAUCCUGUCCAACCAGAUUAUCUAAAACAGAAAAAGUUGAUCAGCAAACGGUAUGCUGAGAUAUGCGCUGAGGUGCGAAGAUUCAGAUUUGACGAAGUAAGACGGAAAGAAUACGAAGAUGCAGUCAGAAAACAAUUUGCUUCGAAAGCAGAACAGCUACAUAUGAUAGAUUUGAGAAAAACAGUAGGAGGCUGUCAACUAAAAGACGCUAGAAGGAAGAGUUGCGUCACUGAAAUCAUUUCUACACUUGUCUUGCCGAAAUGUCUGGAAAACUACUUGAAGAGUGGGUCAUGGACGGUGAAACGGGAAAAGUUCUCGGGACACGCACGGUUGUCGCGGGUGCCCCGUCUGGACCUUGGCCAGCUUCGACUCCACCACCAAAAGAAGCGAAGGAAAAUAAGAAAGAAAAGAAACAUAGUCAAAAUCAAACGCCGUCUACUAGCGAAAAACUUGGGAAAAAGAAAUCCAAGGCGUAAACUUGUGAGUUACAAAAAUUCUCGUGAAAAUGCCUUAGACAAGUUACUACUUGAAUUUGCAGUUAUGUUGUCACUGUAAACUUACUUGUUGCAAUAAAGAUUGGAAGAAAGAC